GUGUCCCUAUGUGUCCCUAUGUGUCCCUAUGUGUCCCUAUGUGUCCCUAUGGGUCCCUAUGUGUCCCUAUGGAUCCCUAUGGGUCCCCAUGUGUCCCUAUGUGUCCCUAUGGGUCCCUAUGUGUCCCUAUGUGUCCCUAUGUGUCCCUAUGGAUCCCUAUGGGUCCCCAUGGGUCCCUAUGUGUCCCUAUGGGUCCCUAUGUGUCCCUAUGUGUCCCUAUGGGUCCCUAUGUGUCCCUAUGGGUCUCUAUGGGUCCCUAUGUGUCCCUAUGGGUCCCUAUGGGUCCCUAUGUGUCCCUAUGGGUCCCUAUGGGUCCCUAUGUGUCCCUAUGGGUCCCUAUGGGUCCCUAUGGGUCCCUAUGGGUCCCUAUGUGUCCCUAGGGGUCCCUAUGGGUCCCCAUGUGUCCCCAUGUGUCCCUAUGGGUCCCUAUUUGUCCCUAUGGGUUCCUAUGGGUCCCCUAUGGGGUCUGUGUGUCCCCAUGUGUCCCCAUGUGUCCCUAAGUGUCCCUAUGUGUCCCUAUGGGUCCCUAUGUGUCCCUAUGGGUCCCCAUGGGUCCCUAUAGGUCGCUAUAUUCCCCUAUGUGUCUCUAUGUGUCCCUAUGCGUCCCUGUCUGUCCCUAUGCGUCCCUAUGGUCCCUAUGGGUCCCUAUGAGACCCUAUGGUCCUUAUGGAUCCCUUUGUGUCCCUAUGGAUCUCUAUGGCUUCCUAUGUGUCCCUAUGUGUUCCUAAGUGUCCCUAUGGGUCCCCAUGGGUCCCUAUGUGUCCCCUAUAGGUCCCUAUGGGUCCCUAUGUGUCCCUAUGGAUCCCUAUGGGUCCCCAUGUGUCCCCUAUGUGUCCCUAUGGGUCCCUAUGUGUCCCUAUGUGUCCCUAUGGGUCCCUAUGUGUCCCUAUGGAUCCCUAUGGGUCCCCAUGUGUCCCUAUGUGUCCCUAUGGGUCCCUAUGUGUCCCUAUGUGUCCCUAUGGGUCCCUAUGUGUCCCUAUGGAUCCCUAUGGGUCCCCAUGUGUCCCCUAUGUGUCCCUAUGGGUCCCUAUGUGUCCCUAUGUGUCCCUAUGGGUCCCUAUGUGUCCCUAUGGAUCCCUAUGGGUCCCCAUGUGUCCCUAUGUGUCCCUAUGGGUCCCUAUGUGUCCCUAUGGAUCCCUAUGGGUCCCCAUGGGUCCCUAUGUGUCCCUAUGGGUCCCUAUGGGUCCCUAUGUGUCCCUAUGGGUCCCUAUGUGUCCCUAUGGAUCCCUAUGGGUCCCCAUGUGUCCCCUAUGUGUCCCUAUGGGUCCCUAUGUGUCCCUAUGUGUCCCUAUGGGUCCCUAUGUGUCCCUAUGGAUCCCUAUGGGUCCCCAUGUGUCCCUAUGUGUCCCUAUGGGUCCCUAUGUGUCCCUAUGGAUCCCUAUGGGUCCCCAUGGGUCCCUAUGUGUCCCUAUGGGUCCCUAUGGGUCCCUAUGUGUCCCUAUGGGUCCCUAUGGGUCCCCUAUGUGUCCCUAUGUGUCCCUAUGUGUCCCUAUGGGUCCCUAUGGGUCCCUAUGUGUCCCUAUGGGUCCCUAUGGGUCCUAUGGGUCCCCAUGUGUCCCCAUGUGUCCCUAUGGGUCCCUAUGUGUCCCUAUGUGUCCCCUAUGGGUCCCUAUGGGGUCUGUGUGUCCCCAUGUGUCCCCAUGUGUCCCUAAGUGUCCCUAUGUGUCCCUAUGGGUCCCUAUGUGUCCCUAUGGGUCCCCAUGGGUCCCUAUAGGUCGCUAUAUUCCCCUAUGUGUCUCUAUGUGUCCCUAUGCGUCCCUGUCUGUCCCUAUGUGUCCCUAUGGUCCCUAUGGGUCCCUAUGGGUCCCUAUAUGUCCUAUGGGGUUCCUAUGGGUCCCCAUGUGUCCCUAUGGGUCCCUAUGGGGUCUGUGUGUCCCCACGUGCCCCAUCGGUCCCUAUGGGUCCCUGUGUAUCCCUAUGGGGUCUGUGUGCCCCCUAUGUGUCCCUAUGGGUCCCUGUAUAUCCCUAUGGGGUCUGUGUGUCCCCACGUGUCCCCAUGUGUCCCUAUGUGUCCCCAUGCGUCCGUAUGGGUCCCUAUGGGUCCCCAUGUAUCUCUAUGGGUCCCCAUAGUUCCUUAUGUGCCCCUAUGUGUCCUUAUGUGCCCCUAUGUAUCCCUAUGUGUCCCCUAUGGGUCCCCAUGUGUCCCUAUGGGUCCCUAUCUGUCCCCAUGCGUUCCUAUGGGUUCCUAUGGGUCCCC